AUGUCGGCGGCCGACGGCGAGGCCUGGGGCGGCAACCGGCAGCGCGGAGGAGGAGCAGGAGGCGGCGGCGGAGACGGGCCGGCGGCGAAGGCCACCCCCGGCGGGCUCCUCAACCGCUUCGUGAGGCUUCCGCCGGGCCCGGGACGAGGCGGCCUGAGGGUGCCGCCAGCCAGGAGCGGCCACCGCUGCGUCGCUGACAAUGCCAACCUGUACGUGUUCGGAGGGUACAACCCUGACCACCGAGAAUCUCCGCUCUUCAGGGAGCUUUGGCGAUACAACUUCGCUACAGGCACCUGGCAUCAGAUGGGAACAGAAGGCGACAUGCCGGAAGAGCUGGCCUCCAUGUCCCUUGUGUUGCACGGGAACAACCUUUUGGUCUUUGGUGGAACCGGAAUCCCAUUUGGCGAGAGCAACGGCAACGAAGUCCAUGUCUGUAACGUGAAGUACAAACGCUGGGCCGUGUUCAACUGCCGAGGGAAGAAGCCGAAUCCUAUCUAUGGACAGGCGAUGACCAUCAUUAACGGCUCGCUCUACGUAUUCGGAGGAACAACCGGCUACAUCUACAGCACCGACCUGCACAAACUGGACCUGAACACCAGAGAAUGGAUGCAGCUGAAGCCAAACAACAUGCACUGUGAUAUGCCAGAGGAGAGGUACAGGCAUGAAAUCGCACACGACGGGCAGAAGAUUUACAUCUUGGGAGGCGGCACUUCCUGGACGGCCUACUCCUUGGACAAGAUCCAUGCCUAUAACCUGGAAACAAACACCUGGGAGGAAAUCGCCACAAAGCCUUACAGGAAAAAAGAGUUCCCCGCCGCCAGGAGGUGUCACAGCUGUGUGCAGAUAAAGAACGAUGUCUUUGUGUGCGGAGGAUACAAUGGAGAUGUGAUUCUAGGAGAUGUCUGGAAGCUGAGCCUGCAAACCUUCCAGUGGGUGAAACUCCCAGCUGUCAUGCCUGAGCCCGUUUACUUCCACUGCGCUGCUGUGACUCCGGCCGGCUGCAUGUACGUCCACGGCGGUGUGGUGGACAUCCUCCUAAACAGACGGACUGGGUCUCUCUUUAAGAUGUGGCUGGCGGUGCCCAGCCUGCUGGAAUUAUCCUGGGAGAAGCUCCUUGGAUCCUUCCCUCACGUAGCGAACCUCUCCAGAUCGCAGCUCGUGCACCUGGGACUCACGGAGGAGCUCAUCGAACGCUUGAAAUGAGGACUCGUCUUCGCCCGAAGCACUAAUUUAAAAGCGACUCCGCCACUUUCUUUCUUCUCUCUCUCUCUCUCUCUCUCUCUCUAUGAAUUCUGCAGAGGAUGCUGCUAAGAGACUGGAGGCCCCGUUCUGGUGCCUUACUCGGCAGAACGCAUCAGACGCCUUCCUCCUUGUGAAUUUUUUAAGUUUAUGGAAGUUGGCUUUUUUAAAAAAAAGAACAAACAAACCCUCACAGAUACCUGUAACCGCAUCACGAGCUAAAGAGGCCGUUGCUGAACCAAGUCCUACCGCUGUGGCCGCGUGCUUCUAGUUUUAAGAUGGGGAGGGACGGGGGCGGCUAGCUUCAACCGACCUCCCUUCUCCUGGCUGCCGUUUCAUCAGGCGCGCUUCACGGCAUCGACUUCGUAAAAAGCGAAGCGGUUCUGGCGAUCGUCUCCGAAGGAACGGGCCAUGAGCAUGCCGCGCCGAGAUCCGUCCCGCUCUGUCACCCAGCCUCUGAUAGACGCUGAAAGGUUAGCGCAGCGUCCGUUUUCCACCGGCCGUUAAUGCAGCUGCAUUGCUGUUCGUGUUACCUCAUUUCUUGCCUUUUGACGUCGAAACGCCCAGGCACGGGCUGGCCAAUGCAGUGCCCGUUUCGAGAGACCCACGGUCCGUCCCUAGCGGGGCAGGAAAGCAUUAGGAGAGUCCCCAGGCCUUACGGUUCCUGCUCGCAGUCCGACGUUGAAGGAGUUAACGGAACAAAGGAAUCCUAAGCCGCGGGUUUUACCCUUUGGGGGUUUGGGGGGCUUCUGCAACGUGCAAGAGCGAAUCUGAAAUGUUACACUCAGCGCUUAACCGAAGCGGCCAGCCGGCCGGUUUUCCCUGCUGUAGAUUAUCUGUGGAAUGCCCUUUACUUUUGCUUCUCUGAGCCCUUUAUUUUUUACAAAAAUUUCAUCGCAGUGGGCCACAGAUUUCCCGCCCCCCGAGAAAUCAAGCUUCAUUAUGAACUGGAUCGUUCCACGGUAGGUGGGAUCUCCCAGCCCCAUUCGCUGGCAGAGGCCCUCCCUACUGGUGGGCGGAGCCUUCCCCGAGAUGGGAAGCUCCUCCCACCGGCAGUGAAGCCCCUCCUCCAGAACGGCUCUGUGGGGUCUCAAGGCCUUGUCACGGGCGGAGUGGAGCGGGGGCAAGACAGCUUGGCCUUGCGCUGCGAAAAGUUAUUUGCCUUCUGUCAAGUGCUGGACAAGAAACCGUGCUCGUGUCUUAACUGUCGCAUUCCGAACGGAAGCUCUGAAGAAUGUAUCGUCAGCACCACACUGGGCGUCAUUUCUUGCCGGAGAAAAUAGGGGUUUUAUUUUCUUCUUGUGUGUGUGUUGAAAUGGUACAUGAAAUCCUACCCCUUUUUUUUUUUUUUUGGCUGAGAGUCCUUUAUGUAUAUAAAGAAGUCUUGUUAGUUGCC